UUUAUAUCUCUCUCUUUAGCCCUGCUGUUGUGUACAGAUGAAACGAAAAUCCAAAUUGCACCAAGGAGAAAGGAGAGAUGAUCUGGGCUUUGCCUCUCUGCCAAUCAGCAGAUACCGGAAGAAAUUAGUUGAGGCCGUUCGAGAUAACUCAUUUAUUGUAGUGACGGGCGAAACGGGCAGUGGUAAAACCACCCAGCUUCCAAAAUACUUAUUUGAAGAGGGUUUCGCCAAGCACGGGGCGAUUGGCGUGACACAACCGCGGCGAGUGGCUGCCACGUCCGUGGCUCAGAGGGUGGCGGAGGAGUUGGACUGCUCUUUAGGGAGCAUCGUGGGGUAUCAGGUUCGCUUUGAUGAAUGUGUCUCGGAGGAUACUUCCAUCCGAUACAUGACGGACGGCUGCUUCUUACGGCAGAUCCUGGCAGAUCCACAUCUCACCAAAUACAGCAUCGUCAUUCUUGACGAAGCUCACGAGCGGAGUCUGAGCACGGAUAUCCUGUUUGGCCUGCUGAAGCAAAUGUUUCAAGGGAAGAAGCCGCCGGAGAGGAAAAGGCCCUUGAAAGUGGUGGUGAUGUCGGCCACUCUGGACACGGACAAGUUCUCCGAAUUCUUCAAUCACUGCCCGGUGGUGGACAUUCCUGGAAGGAACUAUCCGGUGGAAGAGAGGUUCUGUGGUCUCGUGGGCCCGAGGGAUGCUGACGGCUCUGCAUAUGUUACAGAGACUGUAAAAGUCACCUUGGAUAUCCACUUGAGCGGCUCAGCCGGAGACAUCCUGGUUUUUCUAACAGGCCAGUCCGAGAUUGAGAAAACCUGCGAGUUGCUUUUCCAAAAGGCAGAGUCUAUCGAUUACCAAUUCGACGUGAGGGAUCGCUCCGUUGAAGGCUUGCUCAUAUUGCCAUUAUAUGGCUCCAUGCCAACAGAUCAACAAAGGAGAAUAUUCCUCCCCCCUCCUCCAGGAAUCAGAAAGUGUGUGGUGGCCACAAAUAUUGCCGCAACUUCUCUGACAAUUGAUGGAAUCAGGUACGUGGUGGACAGUGGGUUCGUGAAGCAGUUAAACCACAACCCGAGAGUGGGCUUGGACACGUUGGAGGUUGUCCCCAUUUCCAAGAGUGAAGCAUUGCAGCGAGCUGGCCGAGCCGGACGGACAUCUUCUGGGAAGUGCUACCGGGUGUACAGCAAGGAAUUCUGGGAGCAGUGUAUGCCCGACCACAUGGUUCCAGAGAUCAGGCGAACCAGCUUGACGUCUGUCAUCCUGACCUUGAAGUGCCUUGCUAUCCACGAUGUCAUCAGGUUUCCUUAUUUGGAUCGCCCAGAAGAGAGGCGUAUUCUGGAAGCUCUCAAGGAGCUUUAUCAAUGCAGUGCUAUUGACCGGAGAGGCUAUGUGACCCAACUGGGCGAGUUCAUGGUGCGGUUCCCCCUGCCUCCGAAACUGACUUGUGCUGUCAUAAAGGCUGCCUCUCUAGGCUGCGAAGACUUGAUGCUUCCAAUCGCAGCCAUGCUCUCAGUGGAAAAGGUGUUCAUUCGACCAGGUGAUCCUGAGGCUCAGAAAGAAGCUGAACUCCGACACCAAGAGCUGUCUUCACAAGCUGGAGGAUGCAACGACUUUGCGACUCUCCUGAAUGUCUUCGAACAGUGCAAAGCAAGCAAGUCCCCUUCUGCUUGGUGCCGGGAUAACUGGGUCCACUGGAGAGCGCUGAAGCUGGCGUUCAGUGUGGAAGGGCAGCUCUGGGAGAUCACCAGCAAGCUGAAGCAGCUACCAGACUUUCCAAGAGAGCAUUUUGACGGCUCCAGGAAUGAGAUCCUGAGAAGAUGUCUCUGUGCAGGUUAUUUUGCCAAUAUUGCUAGGAGAUCCAUAGGCAAGUCGUUCUGUACCAUGGACGGCCACGGGAGCACCGUCUACAUUCACCCUUCGUCGGCCCUCCGUGAUCAGGAAGCCCAGCUGGAAUGGAUCCUCUUCCAUGAUGUCCUCGUUACCUCCAAGGUCUACGUCAGGAUGGUGUGUCCGGUCCGCUACGAGUGGGUUCAGGACCUGCUGCCCCGGCUGCACAAGAUCGACGCUUACGAGCUGAGCAGCAUGGCCCGGGAGGAGGUGACGGAGGAGGAGGUGGCCAAGUGGAGGAACAAGGAGGACCUCGAGAAGCGGAAUGAAGAAGCGACAGACAAGUCUGCAAAGAAAAUGGAGAAGAGGAAUGAUAACCAAUCCAUAAGUGAUGCUCGGGCACGGUUCUUAGAAAGGAAGCAGCAGAGACUGCAGGAAUUAAAUACCUCUUCCAAGGAAACGAGCUAACCUAGAAACUGCGGCUGACUUGCACCGGCAGCACUCCUCCAUCCCUGCCACCCGCAAUGUACACUUGUUUUACCUGAAUUUGCACAGCUAGAGCUGGGGGAAUAGAGACAGUGGGAAGGUAGGACCCAGGGGAGCUCAAGCUGUGUCACCUGAUACCUUGAGUGGGUGGAGCUACAACACUGUGUAUAUAAGGACCAGCUGCAAAGGGACAGCUCUAGUUAACAGUCCCAGCGGG